UCAUUUGGCUACUCUCCUUUUCUGAAGGGGUUUUAUGCAUCUUACGGCAUCAGUUUUCAGCUGGAAGCGUUGGAUGAUUUGUGUUGUCUGAGUUCUGUGAAUUGUUUCUCAACAUUUUGAUGGUUUUGUGUUGGUAGCUGAAAAGUUCCUGUUUUAUGAUUUUUACUGCAAAAAUGACAGUUUCUUUCAAUUAUAUAUAUUUUUGUUCUUUUCAUAGUAGGUGUUUGGAAAUUGCGUAUUUUUGACUUGGCUCUUCUUUCCAGCAUUUGAUGGACACAUCUAUUGGUAUGUUAUACUUUUCUUCUCCAAGGAAACUGUCUUGUGGGAAAUUCAUGGCGCUUAAAAGGGCCAUCUUUAUAGAUUGGGGCUCAGAGGGUCUUGAAUCUUGAUAUAUAUUUCUUUUGAUGAGCUAGCUUCUUCUCUCAAGGAUUUGGUACUCUUGAUUCAUUCUUUAGCAACCAAAUUUUAGAGAUGUAUGUGGUUGAAGAUAAAGGUGGAGCAAUUGCUCUGAUGCUUGCUGCCUUGCUAUUUUUAGGCACAUGGCCUGCAGUUUUGACACUUUUAGAGAGAAGGGGUCGUCUUCCUCAGCAUACAUACCUUGAUUAUUCUAUUACAAAUUUGUUGGCUGCCAUUUUAAUUGCUCUUACAUUUGGUCAAAUUGGAGAUAGCAAACCUAAUAUGCCUAAUUUCUUCACCCAGCUUUCGCAGGAUAAUUGGUCUUCAAUAUUGUUUGCAAUGGUUGGGGGAAUUGUACUCAGCCUUGGGAAUCUAGCAACACAAUAUGCCUGGGCCUUUGUUGGACUUUCAGUAACUGAAGUGAUAACCAGUAGCAUAACGGUUGUCAUAGGAACGACCAUGAAUUAUUUCUUGGAUGACCGGAUUAACAAGGCCGAGAUACUUUUCCCCGGAGUUGGAUGCUUCUUAAUUGCAGUUUGUCUUGGUUCAGCUGUACAUUCCUCAAAUUCAGCUGAUAAUAACGAGAAACUAGGUGGCUCCUCAACUAACUACAAGGACAUGUCUGGUGUCUAUGGAGAUAACAAGAACGGCAUCAAUGAACCAAAGAAAGAUCUAGAGAAUAACUUGGAUAGUGGAUCUAAUCAUGUCUUAACAUCAAAGACAGAGAAAGCAAAGGCUGGCACUGCCGAAUUCCUGAUAGAACUAGAAAACAGAAGAUCAAUCAAGGUGAUCGGCUCGAACAUAUUUCUCGGUCUUGGCAUAGUGUUUUUUGCUGGAAUUUGCUUUUCGCUGUUCUCUCCAGCCUUCAACUUGGCAACAAAUGAUCAAUGGCACACCCUGAAGAAGGGAGUGCCUCAUCUGGUGGUCUAUACAGCAUUCUUUUACUUCUCAGUCUCCUGUUUUAUCCUUGCCAUCGCUCUAAACAUGAUUUUUCUUUACAAGCCCAUUCUGGGGCUGCCAAGGUCAUCCUUGAAAGCUUAUGUGAAUGAUUGGAAUGGGAGGCAAUGGGCUCUUCUUGCAGGUUUACUUUGUGGUUUUGGAAAUGGCUUUCAGUUCAUGGGAGGCCAAGCUGCUGGAUAUGCUGCAGCUGAUGCUGUUCAGGCAUUGCCUCUUGUGAGCACUUUCUGGGGCGUAGUUCUUUUCGGAGAAUAUAGAAGAUCAUCAAAGAAGACGUAUAUUUUGCUGGUGAGCAUGCUUUCUAUGUUCAUCGUCGCUGUCGCUGUUCUAAUGGCUUCCUCUGGACAUAGAAAGGCUUGAUGGUGGGAACUGAAGAACUUACCUACCAAUAUUUGAAAGUUUAUGAAUCUUAGUGAUUGCUAAAGCAGCUGCAGAUACCAAAGAUAUUUCCCAAAUAAAGAGCUGAGGCUUGCCAUCAGAUCAGUGCUGAGCUGAAUGCACAGAGCUUUGUAAACAUUUGGGAUGUUAUUUGUAAAUUGUUUGA